AUGUCCGAAUCACCAAAAGAGAGGAUGCCUGAGGAAGAUGACACAACAGAAGCGCCUCUCACCAUGGCAGCCUCAGUCGUGUUAACCAAUCUCCCCAAAGACGCCUCGAAAGCGUUGGAAACAGCAGGAAAUCUCGCUGUUCAGAAAGGCUCAGCCCCCCACCUAACCCAACGCAUCUUCAAGCUGUCCACCAACCAGACUUUCGCAACAAUAGUACGUUUUCUGCGGAAGAGACUGGGUGUGAAGGAACACGAGAGCGUGUUUUGCUAUGUGGGCAAUGUGUUUAGUCCUGCGUUGGAUGAGGGUGUCGGGAAUCUGUGGAGCUGCUUUAGGCAGGGCGAGGAGUUGGUUGUGGGGUAUGCGCUGGCUCCGGCUUUUGGGUAG